AUGUAAUAUCUUUGAAUUUCGCGUACCCACACGUCUUCAUUGAGUCGAUGUCUCUUUCCGGUUUGUGAAGAUGGGUAUUGAUAUUAACCACAAGUGGGACCGCAAGGUUCGGCGCACUGAACCGAAGUCGCAAGAUGUAUACCUUAGACUUCUGGUUAAGUUGUACCGAUAUCUCGCUCGACGUACGGAAGCGAAGUUCAAUAAGAUAAUAUUACGGAGGUUGUUCAUGUCAAAAAUAAAUAGGCCACCUAUUUCGCUCGCAAGAGUAGUGCGUUUUAUGAAGAAGCCUGGCCGAGAAAACCUGAUUGCUGUUGUUGUAGGAACGGUCACGAAUGAUGACAGAAUAUUUGAAGUUCCAAAACUAACAAUUUGUGCAUUAAGAGUGACUGAGAAGGCACGUGCACGCAUCCUAAAAGCUGGCGGUGAAAUCAUUACAUUUGAUCAGCUUGCUCUUCGUGCACCAACUGGAAAGAAGACCGUUCUGAUGCAAGGUCGCCGAAAUGCAAGAGAGGCUGUAAAGCACUUUGGUUUGGCUCCUGGUGUGCCCCACAGUCAUACAAAGCCCUAUGUGCGGUCUAAGGGUCGAAAAUUCGAGAGAGCUCGAGGACGCAGGCGCAGCUGUGGUUACAAAAAAUAAUUGUAAUUUACUUUCUGCUUUUGGACAUCUACUGUUAAUAAUUUUGAAAUAAAAUAAUGGACCCUGUGAAACUAACAAGGAAAACAAAAAUUUA